UCGUCAGCCGCGCAUACGAACAACGUGUUGUUCCCGUCCGUGCUGCUCUCGCUCGAAAGGAACGAUGUUUACAAAUGCGUGUCUCUCGACGCUCGACUCCACACUCAAGCCAAAGAGAAAGAGAGAGAGAGAGAGAGAGGAAGAGGGAGAGGGAGAGAAAAAGAGAAAGAGAGAGAGAGAGAGAGAGAGAGAUAUCUCGCCGCGAUCGAUUCGUCUGUCAUCCGGAUUCCGCGCCGCGUCCCGAGCGUAAACGCUGGGGUCCGCGUGGAUGAACCCCCUACCACCCUCCCCCGGCCACGCUCGUGUUCGCGCGUGACUCGUGCCGCUUCCUCCGUCAUCGUUUGUUAACGGAGUCACGCGACAAACUAGGCGAAAACCGAAGGAGUUUUGGACGCCGACGCCGCAUGGCAUGGGGUGCCCGACGACGUGACAAAAAAAAGUCGAAAGUGCGUCGACCGUGAGACGGGGGGGAAAAUAACCGCGCGUUUUCGUUCGCGGAGGAACGAAAGCGAAGAAAAUGCUCGUGCCUGCGUGGCGAUCUCGUGUCGGCGGUGUCUCGUGUUGGUGCUCCGAAUGAACGCACGUCUCGCUCCCGGGCGCAUCUCCGGUUUGGAGCUUUACGAACCGGUGUUCGUGCUUUACUUUUCUUUCCUCCUGAGAAUAAUUGCGACGGACAAGACGGACGCGAAUGCAUCUGAGAGAUAUCAAAAACGCAAUGUUUAACAAUGAAGAAGGAUCUAAACUAAACAGUGACGACACAAAAUCAACAGUUAUAGAAUUAUUUCCAUGGGUCUCAGAAUUUAAGAAAAUGUGCAACUGUAUAUACGCAGACAAAAGUAUGGCUUCUUUGGCAGAGCUUAUGCAGUACUAUAUCAGAAAUGUAAGUAUCAGUGUGAAUGAAUGUUAUACAAAGCCUUUACGAGCAGCAAAGUUGAAGGAAUCUAUUAGUGAAACCUUACUUUCGUUCUUAUAUAUCUAUCGCGAGCUUUCUGAGGACCGUAAUAGAUCUAUUUACUUAAAUUAUAUGUCCGAUUUAUUGGCAUUGUACAUAGAUAUGGAAUUAAAAGCUUCGAAAAAAAGUAAAGAAGAUCAUAAUAGAAUUUGUACAAGAAUUACUUCUUGUCUUUAUGUAUAUUUAGAACAUUCCACAGAGCAUUUGUUAGAUACUUUGAUAAAAACACAAUUUAUGUGCCGGGGUUAUCACCGUAUUUUAGAUCCGAUAAUAACAAAAGUAAUUAAAAAUAUUCCAGCGCAUCCCGAAUCAAAUAUUAUGUACAUUCGUUAUUUUCUUAUUUAUUGUCUUUGGAAAAAGAUAAAUAGCGAUAUAGCCGUGAAAAGUCAAAUUAUUACAACCGCAAUUGCCUCUCUGGGAGCACCACCAGCGACUUUCCCAUCAUGUGUAGAAGAUGUAUUACCAAAAGUGCCAAAGUGUCAACCAAAUCCAACAAAAUAUUUGAUGCAGCAAAAAUUUGACAUAAGAAAAUGCUGUGAAUUAUUUAUACAGUUUUGUAGAGAGAGCAGAAGAGAUACAUGGCUGCAAAAAAAUGAAAAUGCAUCUACAAUUCCAAGUUCAUCCAAAAGGACUACUUCACAACUGCUGGAAGUUACAUCACGCGAAAAUAAAAAUAUAGAGCGUGUCGAAAAUAAAUUUGUUUCGUCAAAUAAAAAUAAAAAUAAUUAUGUUUUGUCCGAUAAUUUAAAGUCUUCAAAUUUAACAGAGCAAACAAAUAUUAAACCUUUAGGCACAAUUUCUACAAAUAUUUCUGUGACACGGACUAUCUCUAAAUCAAUGAAACCGAAAGUGCUUCCACGGAAGAAGGCUAAAAAAUCUAAUAAAAUUAUAAUGAUUGAUCUUACAACCGAUAUCGCUUUUGAACGGUGUAUAAAGAAAAGGAAAUCCAGAAAAGUUGCAUGGCUUGAAGAAGCUAAGAAGAAACUUGACGCAAAGACGAUAAGGGCAUCACAGAAGAUUAAGAACCAGCAAAUAGUCGAAAAUCUAAACUCUUUGAAAAACAUAAUUCCUAAUCAACAAUUGGAAGAUAUACUUCAACCCAUGCAUGCCACAGAAAAUACAACUUUGAAGAAUGAUUUGAGUAUACCUACCAUGCAGGAUAUAAAAUUGGAUAACAUAAAAAUGAAAUCUAUGCAACAUCUUGAUAAAAAUAUUACAUCAGUUAAUAGCAACACAAUAUCUGCAAAACAAUCAGUAGACAUGAAUAGCAAUGACAAAAGUGAAACUGCUGGGGUGCUGCAUUGCACAGUCUCUUCUUCUGUAAUCGUUGAUAGGCCACAGUCUAAUAAACCUAAAACUUCUGAAAAUUUGCUAUUGGAUAUUACGAAUAACGCUGAUAAAAUUAGUAAAUGUCAUGAUGUUAAUACUUUGGAAGCAAAAAAUAAGGAGAAAAUAAAUAAUAGGCAUAAUACACAGACUGUGAUUAAACGACUGAUAGAAAAAGACACUCCGCCUGAAAGUGAAACCUGUAAAAGAGUUGAAAGUUUAAGGAAAAUCUGUGAUUUAGGAACAGAGCACUCUAAAACUGUAAAUACUCCUUCGAUAUGUGCCCAAGAUGAUUCCAAAGACGAAGAUGAUAACUCUAAUGAUAUUACUAACUAUCUUAGUACAACUAAGGAUAAAUUAUCCCCGCAUGUAAUUUCAUCUCUGGAGCAUACGGAUUGCAGAAAUAAAACAAAGAAUGAAAGAAAUGGAAAAAUAGAAGAUUUUGGUAAGAAUGAAAAGCAUGUGCAGAACGAUACCUGUGAAAUGAUAAGUAAUGAAACACAGUAUUUCAAAUCAACCAUAAUUGUUAGUGAAUUAAAUAAAGAGAAAUUUGCAGUUUCUACAGCAGCUGAAACUCGUACUACAACAACUGUAAGUAAUGUGGAAAUAUUAAUAAAUGAUGUAACAGAAUCUGAGCAAUUGCAACAAUCGUGCAUUACUGAAAAUACAAGACAUUCGCAGGAAUCUAAGUCUCAAGAUAAAUAUGUAUCAACAAACCAUGAUGCAAAUAAUACUGUUAACAUUAGUCAAAUGAAUGGAGACCAUUCUAAUGUACAAACAGAUUUAAAAGUUGAUACUUGCAUUGAAGUAAGCGAUGAGAUACGGGAUAGCAGAUUCUCUAAUCAUAAAAUCAGAGAAACUAUUUUUGAAAAUCACACAGCUGAUAAGAAAAAUAUUUCUAAUAUUCUCGAUAUGUCACUGUGUUCAAAGAAAAAAGGAAUCAAUGGUGAGGAAGAUAUCGAUUUGAAAGCAGAUUGUAAAGAAAGCGCAGAAAUAGAAUCUAACGGGAAUUGUGGUAGAGAAUGUAACAUAGAGGAAUUAGAAAGAUCUUCCGUACUGUGUAAAAAAGUUGACCAAAUGCAUAAUCACGAAUUACCGAAAGAAUCAUCACAUACAAAAAACAUUCAGGAUUCAUCGGAGGAUAAAUGUAUCAUUCGAGAUUCAGAAUUACACGAUAAUAUAGAUGGUCUUUCGUUGUUAGCCGAUGUUAUUGCAAGUCAGCACGUAUCUCAUCUAAAAGCCGGACGCGAGUUAAAAUACGAACAAAUCAAAGUCAAGGAUUAUGCGUCGUUAAGAAGUUCUCCUUAUAAUCAAACUACGGAUGAUGAAGCUGAUACGAAUGAUUCGUCUAAUAGCGUUUCUCAAAUUUUAGAGAAUCCAACCGCCGAAGUUAUCAAUAGAAUAGUUGGAAUUUAUCCAGAGGAUGCGUUAGACAAAGUGGCGCUUCACGUUGAAGUUACAUCGACAACUGAUCCUGACGACCGCGAAAACGAUCCAAACAACAGCGUCUCGCAUAUUGUUGAAACUAUUAAUUACGAAACAGACACAAUAUCCAACAAUUUAAGUAUGGUGGAAAACAAUGUGCAGUCAAUAAAGGAGAAUACGAAUGUUAUAUUAAACGGUGAAACAGUCGUGCUCUUACAAAAGUCUCCCAAUAGUAAUUUAUACAUCAUCAAUAAAGCAGUGGAAAAUGCACGGGAUCAUAAUAGCGAUGAUGAAAACUGUCCAAUUAAAGAAAAGGGCUGGAUGGUCUCACCAGAAGAUUGUGCAUCGUUCGAAGUUGUUAAUACAUCGGAGCAUAUUUCGUUCAAUUUGGAUCUGCCGCAAUACAAUAAGGAAUUAUCGUGCCAAGAAACUAAAUAUUCCGUCGGAAGAAAUAAAAGUAUAAAAAUCGAACCCGAGGAAGAGAAUAGUUUAAUGGGCAUCGCAGAAAUGAAAUCUUACAGUAAGAAGGGUUCGUUACCGGUUGACGUGUUACCGGCGACAUCGCAGAUCUAUCAGGAUACGAACGUUGCGAAUGUAAGCAUCAGCAAGUCGAUCGAUAAACGAAAAUCCAAGUCCAUUCUUACUUAUAGACAGAACAUUAAGCAAGAGUUUAGUAAUCAUAUUACGCCGAAUUGUGGAAUACAAGGGUGCAACGGGAUACAUUCGCAUCCGCACGAAGUAAUUGAUCCACAACAUUCGUUACAUAUUCCGGUCACCCAUCCCACAACAAUAUCUCCGAUUUAUGGGAACUGCGCUGCCGGCACAGAUCUGUGUAUGCCAUAUCACAAGCAUUGCACCUCCGUGUCGUGUAGUUUACAGAUUAAUUCUACUACUUCACUCCAUUCCCACACGAAAUCCGCUAAUUCAUGUGGGAGAUCGCACUGCUCGUGUAUAAAUUAUAAUACGUAUGACAUAGUCACGCAUUGUAGACAGUGUAUACACCCUGCCACAGACUCCCACGUGUCUUGCAUUGAAAGUAAUUCUUAUUUUUUGCCCACACAUUCAUCAGUACAAACAUCCGCCGUCCAAGAGCACGAUAGGACAAAAAGCGAAGCGGUAAUAAGUAAAUUGUAUGACGAACAAAUAUUACGUAAAAGAGUAUUACAAAGUAAUACCUUGGAGAAACUGGAUAUGUCGCGCGAGCCGCCAGAUAAGUUAUUCAAGAAAGAUAUGGAGAAUAAGUUGCCGCUGAAAAAAAGAUUAAAGGCCCAUGCCAUGAUGUCUAUGGCGUAUGAAAAGGUACCCAUUAAAACGGAGAAAUUGGAUAAUUAUCCUGGAAUUCCUAUGAUGUCUAUAGCAGCCUUAGAAGCGAUAGAUGGUACACAAACGCAAAUUAUUAAAUCGCCAUAUGAAUUAUCCCCUACCGAAGAAGAUAAUCCACACGGCAGCUAUCAUUUCAACUCGAAUAUAGUGCGAAGGGAUUACUACAAAGAUGUACACAUUUCUAAUACACAUCAUAAUCUUACGAAAGAAAGUACAAGAAAUCACGAGCGCCAGUUUCGACCGAAUGGUGAUCAGCCUAACGCUGUGUGCCUAGAAAGUUGUCAGGACAGGACACCUGCGCAGCGCAGAGACGUCACAAAUCCAACAUCUCUGAAACAUAUGGCAACGGAGACGAUCGAGCAAGACAGCCCGUGUAAAAAAACAAAAAAAACGCAGUCGUCUAUUAGACAAACGAGAAGCUCAAAAAGAAACGUUCCUAAGGUAAAUUAUUGUUACACCGAUGUUGAUCCAGAAUGGAAUCCGUCCGGUGAGUCAAAACGAAAACGUAAGAAGACUAGUCGAUGAUCAAUACUAUUUCAUUACGAGAAGUCACUUCUGUAAAAAUGAAUAAGAAAAAGCAACCUGUAUAGAGGACAAAUGUGUUCUUCAAGCUGUGGCACUGUAAAUCUGUAAAUAUAUGUAAACAGAAGCAAAAAUAACUCGUCUUAGGAAGAUUUAGAGAUAGAUCGUUCAGCAGCGUGUUCAAGAUUAACGUCAGCGAAGAAUUGCAUUAGCUAUAUAGAAGACUCCCGCAUAAAAUAUUUUUGAUGUUUAAUUAGAUAUCGCUAGAAGCAAGUUGUAGAGAAUUUUAUUCUGUUAAACCACAGUUUAGAUAUAUUCAAGCGCGAUAGCAAAUUGAUUUACAAUUACAUGACCUGUCGUCAUAUUCUUAAUUACUGUCAUAACUAGAUAUGUCUAAAUUGUGAUUAAACAUCGUCUUUCUCUACCCUUGCGAUAUUGUAAAUGAUAUAAAGCUUUGUAAGAUAUUUCAAUUUUAACGUUUUUCUAUUGACAUAGUUGCAGCGAUGUUUGUCGCGAACUAUAAUUUUCUUAAGCAUAAAAUUCUUUUAAAUUCUUGUAAAA